GACCUCAAGUGAGGGCCAAGUCUCGCCUACGUUGGUUUUUUUUUUUUUUUAAACUAAACAGAAAAAAAUUAAACUGCCAUUCAGUCGGAUCAGAUUGUAUUUUUAUCUCUUGUCGUCAGGACUAUCGUUUACUUCUGUCCGUAUUGGACCUGACUUAUGUCCAUUAAGGACAACCUGGCACUGACCAGUCCAUCAUGAGUUGAUGUAACGUUACCAGCCUUUGGGCCAUGGCGAACUACAUCAAACGGCUUAAAGGCUACCUGGGCCCCCUGUUGAUACUGUAUACGGUUCUGGUCACCCUCUUUCUGGCCCAGACCGCCUGGAAUGACGGUACUUUCGGGGGUGUCGUCUCCCAUAGGAAAGGCCAGGCCAAGUUUCUGGACGUCUUGGUACAGGAGGAGCGUCGUCACUUGAAGAGUGUUGAAAGUAUUGUGCAGAUCAAUGGAAUACACACAGAAAAACAAAAACAACGGAGGUCGGAGGUCGAAAGCAGUUCCGGGAAAAACUUCAGUGCAAACUCAUUGUACCGAAAGCAGAGUCGUAUGCUAAUAGGUCCUCGCCAUCAAAUUUCUAACGGAAGCGAUGAUAAAGGAACGUCGAACCUUCAUAAAAAUGUUCCCCCAGAUUCAUUUGAGAAGCCUCGCCUACACAGACCCACAUUUAAAGUAGAAGUGGAGGAUUGGGACGCCCCUGAGAAACAAAUGGAUUCCAACUAUACUAACAGCAGCGGAAAGCUCCAUGAUUUAAAUGCCCCUCCUUACAUAGGCGCGGCACGCAGAGCUCAGAGCGCUGUUCUCAAACUGAGAAAAGCGAAAGUGAAAGUGGAACAGAAAGUUGGAUUUCCGCCAUCGGAAGUGACGUACUCAUUGGAACACUGUGAUAGCGUUUUUGAUGUUCUCGAUGGUUCUCCGAACAUUUGCAGGCGGGAGCUUGUCUUGAAGGGCAGCUUGCAUCAUGCAGAGCCCAGCGGGUAUUCGUUACCUUUCAAAAGCCUUGGGGACAUCAGUAUAUAUUCAGCUUUCUUAGAUCACAGGGGACCGAGCAAAGUAAUUCGUUUCAUCACUCUGGGACCCCAAGGACGAGACGGGAAAAAGUCGGUCUACUGGUGCGUCUUCUACAGACCAGUCUCGACCUCGCCUUAUGACCGCAGUCAAAACGCGACCAAAAAACUUAAGCUAGUGGGCACUAUGACCCAAAUGUCGUACUGGGCAGCCAGCGCGGGUCACGGCGCCGAGUCGCAGUUCUACAUCAUGUCCUGCGAUGUUCCCGAGGAGGCCAUGGAAUCAUUUUCGCAGCCUUAUAAGGGAAACAUUAGAGUCAAGAUAGGCUCGAGUGAAGCUCCUUUAACCAUUGACCAUGAACACCCGAGUAUAGCCCUAAGUGUGAUAAAUAACAGGCCGGAGUUUUACAACCAGACUUUCAGUAAGCGGGCAUAUCUUAGCAAUAUGGAAAAAGAGCUACUGAAACUUUCCAACGGAGAAGUUAAAAAAAGUGAUAACACUGGACUUAGUGUGGAAAACCGCGUAAAUGUGAUACUCAAUAAUUCAAACAAUAUACCCAGUUAUCAAAAUUUUGGAGCGUAUGCAAGAGAGACAGUGGAACUCAACGAAGAUUUCUCUAAGAAGGAUAAGAUAGUGGCUUGCGUGGCGCCCCUCCAGGGCAACUUGGGCGUCAUACAGAUCGUGGAGUACAUUGAGCUGACUCUCCUUCUUGGCACCCAGCACAUCGUCUUCUACACCUUCAGAGUCUUCGACGACAUCAAAGUUGUGCUUAGGAUGUACGAGUCACGUGGGCUCAUCACCGUCCUCCCGUGGAACAUUCCAGAUCCGUCGUCGAUCUGGGCUAAAGGUCGUGACGCAGCUUUGAACGACUGCCUAUACAGGACUAUGUUUCUCUUCGACUACGCGCUGUUUCUCGAUCUGGACGAGUUCUUCGUGCCCCGUAUCACACCGGACAUGCCUUCCUUUCUAAAAUACUUGCACCAGGUUCAUAACUUCAACGCCACCAAGAUCACAGACAUCGUCUUCAGUUCUUCCUAUUUCCCGCCUCCAACCAAAUCGGAUUACCUGACUUUGUCUCAGGUUUCAGGCGCCGGCAAGGAAUUCGGGAAAUUCGCCAGUCUCCGAAGCGUGCGCCGCUCGUACUACAACCAGCAGCAUACUCUACGCAUGAUACGCACGGACGCGGCUUUCAGGGUAGGUUCCGGAGAGCGUCGUAAGUCGUCGUAUACUAUCAGCACCCGGUACGCGUCCGUUCACCACUACAGCUACUGCCCGCGGGUCAAGAGUAACGACGCUGCUGCCCCAUCUCAAAACAUCACCGCCGGCAACAACGGGCAUGGCCAGGGCGGAGCAGUUAAGGUCAACGCUGGUCAGUCGACGGUGGCGGACUUCUGCGCUCAUAUAAAACUGGACUGGAUUAUGUGGAGGUAUAAGUCCAAACUUAUAGAACGGACAAAGCAGAGCAUACGACUGUUAAACAAUCAUUAGCUGUAAAUCGUAAAACCUUAACUCUUUCUCUCCUAACUGACGAUACCAGCGUUGAUUCCACCAGAAUGUGGUAAACAAUUAAGGAGAGAAAGAGUUAACUAUUUUAUUUUUUUGGCGCCAUAUAAAUUUCCCACAAAAGUCUGACAGACCAUAUCACCGCAAACGAAUCAUUGUGAACAGUCGAACAGUCUGCGUCCUAUCAAUUGUCUUAUCAAUUGUGUGUACUGUGGGUAAAGGUACUGUGUACUGAGGCAGAAGUACUAUGAACUAUGUGAAGUCAGGCGGUGCCGGUUAGCACAUGGGCUUGGGCCGGAUAUGGCCCAGGGCUAUUGAUUAAGGAUCACUGCCCUAAUAAAGUCUUUUUCAAGCUAUAGCGACUAAUCAAACUAGAACACCAUUUUAUGAUCUAUAAUCAUUCCAUUUACUAUAAGAUGCUUCAAAAAUUCAUUUACGUGUUACUGCUUGCCUUGUAUAAAGAUAGAUCGAUAGUUUAUAAAAUUUUAAUGAUUGUCUCCCUUACAAAGAACAAUAAUACACUCUGCCAAGAGAGGAUACCCUUACAUAUAUUUUUAUUUCUUCUUUUCUACCGUGUCUAUUCAAACCUGUUAUUUCUAAUAAAGAUAAUGAGAUGUUAAUUUAUUUUAAGAAUGUGACUUUCCAGGACACUGUGCUAUAUUUAUUAUUUUACAAUUGUUAUAUAAUUGUUAUAUAAUUGUUAUACUGUUGUAAUCAAGGCAUCGAACAACAUUGUCUUAUGUAAUACGGUUUGAUUUCACGGUUGACUGUAUUCCCAUAAUAGAGCAAAUAUAGAAUGUUAUCUCCCUUUGAAAUGGAAAAAGAAAUAUAUAUACAAAAUCCGCAAUUUCAAAGAUCUUUUAGUGCAUUUAACGGUGUGUGUGUGGGUGGGUAUGUGUGUAUGUGUUUGGAAUGGGGAAUUAGAGGAUUUUAACCUGCUUUUCUUGUACAACCCUCCCCCCAUUCUCUGUUCAUCAGGUAAACUAGUCCCAGACCUCCCUACCAUUAAAACACUGGUGGCAGGCUUGCGGUAUGAGGUCAUUAGUUUGCCGAUCUGUCAACUCCAGGCAUACGACAUGUAGACAUAACAAUGAAUAGCUUUGUGUCCUAUAAGAAAAGAAUUGUCACAGUAGUUCUGUUUCUCGGGGGAAAAAACUGAACAGAUAUUUUUCUUGUUAUAGGGGUCCUUGUUAAGUGGGUCCUUAUUUAUAGGGGUUCCUGUUAUAGCGGUCCUUGUUAUAGUGGUCCUUGUUAAGUGGGUCCUUAUUAUAGGGGUUCCUGUUAUAGCGGUCCUUGUUAUAGGGGUCCUUGUUAAGUGGGUCCUUAUUAUAGGGGUUCCUGUUAUAGCGGUCCUUGUUACAGGGGUCCUUGUUAAGUGGGUCCUUAUUAUAGGGGUUCCUGUUAUAGCGGUCCUUGUUACAGGGGUUCUUGUUAUAGAGGUUUUUGUGUUGGGCUGUAAUGCCAACUUAACAAUGUCAACGUAUUAACUUUUAAACAAAAUUUAAGCUUGAAAACGUCAUAUACAAAACCAACUUCAACUUUAUUGAUCAUCAUCAUCAUCAUCAUCAUCAUCAUCAUCAUCAUCAUCAUCAUCAUCAAACUCCAUUAGAGUGAGGGCUUGAGAGGCUCAAAUCCUCUCUUGCAAAAGCCCUGGACAGAAACCCUGCUGUCUUGCGUAGUGCAUACAAUUUUAUUGAUAGAUAUAUAUACAUCUUUCGGAGGCCCGGUGGCUGAGUGAUAAAGCGCACGACUUCUGGUGCCCCGGGUUCGAAUCCUAGAGAAGACUGGUUUUAAUUUUUACCAAAUGUUAAAGGAUAAAGAAAAAAUAUUUGUACGACUUUCACCAAAACAAAUCCCACAAUUCCCCAGUCCCUGUGUCCCCUUCCGUUUUCUACACUUUCCUACACUUCCUUGACUCAUUCCUUCUAAAUGUUUCAUCCGACACACACACACAAACUCCCCAGCAUUCCUCUUUCUGCCACUCCCUUGAUGAUAAUUUUGAACUGCAGUUGGAGACAAGGCGCUUUAGCCAGAGCCGGCUUUAGGCAUAGGCAAACUAGGCUGUGCCGAUGACAGGGCCCAAAGAAAAUAUUUUUUAAAGAAAUAUAUUAUGAAACAGGGAUCGAAUCUUAAACAUACAACGUGUCAACUUAGGUCUCUCUACUGAAGCGUGGGAAGCGUGGUCGAGAGGCCAAGUGCGCUUGAACUUGGCAUGGCUUGGUUACCUAGAAGGGGGUUCGAGGUUCGACACCCGACUCGGGCAGAGUUUUCAAAGGCAGCACGGAAAACCUCCCCCUCCCCCCCCCCCAACUGGUCCACAAAUGAGAUUGGACCAAAGCGCUCUGAGCAUGCUAUAAGCAUGAAAGUAGAGCUAUAUAAAAGCUAUAAUAAUAAUUCUAUAAGUGAAGAUUUAUUCGCGAAUGUUUAGAUCUUCUUGUUAGACUACAGAUGCUAGAAGACCAUAGCUUCUUCCUUUUGAAACGUCGAAACGUUAUUUCUAGUCUGGUGAUCACUAAUCGUCCAUAAAGCAUAUUUGCCCUAUCGGCACUAAAUCAAUUUAACUGGUUUAUGAUUAAGAUAUAGAUACAGGACAGUUUAUAAUUGAUUGCGUAUUUUUAGGUCUUAAUUUUUUGCUUUUCUAUUUUAUUUAACUGGUUUAUGAUUAAGAUAUAGAUACAGGACAGUUUAUAAUUGAUUGCGUAUUUUUAGGUCUUAAUUUUUUGCUUUUCUAUUUUAUUUAACUGGUUUAUGAUUAAGAUAUAGAUACAGGACAGUUUAUAAUUGAUUGCGUAUUUUUAGGUCUUAAUUUUUUGCUUUUCUAUUUUAUUUGUGGCCACCCUAUUCACUUCGCAUAGGGCCUCCAAUUACCUAAGGCCGGCCAUGCAAUGACGAAGGUGACAUAAAUAUAUACAAGAAGUCCCUUAUACUCAGGGGCGUAGCUUGGAAUUUUCCAUCGUUUGGAAGCCCUGGGGCUUGACCUCUUUGGGGGCCCCUGAAUUUUGCUUAAUAUUUAAAUUUGUAUGUAAAAAACACUUAUUAAGGGCUCCCCCUCAAGUGGGGGGCAGGGGGGAUUUUCAAAUGCUCCCUCUCCUCCCCCCACCCUAGCUACGCCACUGCUUAUACUAGAACUAUAACCAUUUAAUCAAUCACACAAUUAUUACACAUAGUAACAACAGAAAGUGUUUGGGUUAGUUUAAAAUCAGGUCGCCGGAUAAGUCGCUAGUCUGAACCCCACCACAAACACUUCUUUUAGACCCCCCAUCCACGUUCGGACCAUCACGCCUCCUGUCAAGAGUUCGCCUUGUUGACAAGAGUACAUUAAAUUGUGUAUAGCGCGCAAAUAUAUCAAUUUACUCUCUAAACCAAGAAUUGUUGUCUAUGUCAUAGUGCCCCGGGGGCCCAAUAUUUAGAGAGUAUCUGAUUUGACCUACUUUAUGAACAAACUAACAGACUAUCCACAAGUAAGCCAUAACCGUGAAAAUACUGUGAUAAUAUAAUUAUAAGGAGGAUUUGUUGUUAGAUAUUUUGUCAGUUAUCUUAUUAGUCAGUUAUCUUAUAAGUCAAUUAUCUUUGUUUCAGACUAUCUUACACACACACACACACAAAUAAAACCAAAUCAAGUGCAGCUAUAGGACUGUAUCAAAGGGGCGGCUGUCUGGUGGUCGUUUUGGUAUGCGCUCUGAACUUUCAUCUACCGCACAAUAGCUUCUACGGCUAUCAAUAUUGAAAUAUCAACGAAUUAAUAAACUAAUUGGUUAAUGUGUUUUUUUAUUGAUUCGUGUGUUGUCCGCGGUUGACAUCGACAAUGAGUUUCAACUUGAUCCGAGAAUGGGAAGUGGUAGAGAUAGCGUGUACAAUACUUGUACCAGACAGACAGACAGAGUGAGCUGAUAGAAGCUUUGCAGAAAACAGUUGAAAUAUAAACUAAGGUAUAAUCUAAGAUAGUUUUGCUAUAGAAAAAUAAGCCUGUAGGACUAUAUAUUUUGAGUAUCAUGAGAUUAUUCCACUCUUAGUGCUAGCUAUUUGUUUUUAUAUAUGCACUGAAAGUUCAAAUGAAAUUAGGUAUGCCUAUGCGUAACUAUACAUCAAUACACAAAACACUCAGGAACGAUAACUUGAUCGUGGCUACAACUCUAUUCGUAUAAAAAUUCUUUAUUUUUAAUAAAGUGGUAACUAUAGAGUUAUCUAUCUUGUCAGGAGAUGAAAGAAUGAUUGCUUCCUUACUGAGGGGAAGACAACUGUGCUAUGAGUGUAACCACUGAACAGAGUAUAGGGAGUGUUAUUAGAUAUGUAUCUUUAAAUGUAUACAUAACACAAUGUUUCUAUGUGUCUAUUAGUAAAAUGAAUACAAAUUUCUAAGACCUUAAGCUUAUAACACACUUAUGGUGUGGCAUUCCUAUGGUGUUGCAACACACGUCUUAUUAUAUUUUUUAUUUUUUUUUUAUGCUACCUUAUACCGCUCCAGCAUUUCUCCGUAUCUCUUGUUCUUCUUUCACAGUGUUGCUGUAUUUUAUUGUAAAUGGAUCUUUGAAAAACGUAACUAAACAGUGCACUACUAUGUUUAAAAUUUGUCCUAAAAUCUCCAAUAGCUCACAAAACGACAAAUGCAUUCUUUUUUCACCAUUCUGUGAUAAAAUGCUCUUGGUGAUUGUCUGCCCCUCGUGCUAAAGAUAGAUUUAUGAUCUAAAUAAGGUUUUCUUUAAGUGAGAAUAUAUUGCUGUUUGGUCCUGUGCAUAUAUACAUUUAGCAUGGAUCACUAUUUCUAAACAUGUUUUUAAAACGGUAUACAUUUUCAUGCAUAACAUCAAUUAUAUUAUCAUUUUCCUUUAUUUACACUGUAAUUGCUAGAUCAAAAUAUUUGCGAUGUUCAGCUUUGACUCUUUUUGCAGUGCACUAUGUCAGCUGUUUUCAACUCGUGGCGAGCGACUGGGCUGGGGUGAGGGGUCAAGAGACGAUUUGUCAGGGGUCGACUUAGACCACAGGAAACAUGUACAUCAGAUAUUUAAAUUAUAAUGGACCUCAUUCACCAAUCGUAAAGAAACAACAAUUAGUCACGUGAUAAUAUUGAUAAAACAACGAGAAAGAAAAAACGGUCACGUGAUAGCCAUUGUGUAUUACAAAUUAGAUCGUAAUUUGAAUAGAAGAGAUUGAGAAUCACGUGGCUAAAUGUUGUUUGUUUACGAUUGGUGAAUGGGGUCCAUGACGAUUUCAUAAGAGUUUAGGUCAUAGGUUAACACGCACGACUAGAUUGACAUAGAGACACACAUAGGACGUAAUCAUCUUCAUUUAUUAAAUUGAAGUUUGUAUUUCACACGAUUUGCUGAUUCGAAGGUAAAUAUACUGAAUCUUUUUCUUGUUUUGGAUCUUAUAAGUUUUAAGUACAACUGGUUUGAGAGUGGUUGAAUAUAAUUUGAUCUUUUUACAUUGUUCUUAUGAGUGAGCUUUGAGUUGUAUUUUUGAUGUGAUUACAAGGUGAAUUAUGUUUGUAGUGAUCGCUUGAUGAAUUAGCCUAUACCGCAGGGGUUCUCAACCUGUGGGUCGCGACCCCUUUGGGGGGUCGAUUGGCCAUUUGCCAGGGGUCGCCUAAGACCAUCGAAAAUAUAGAUUGUUAUUGUCAACCCUACAAUUCUCUAUUUGUGUAUGGGGGGGGGGGGGUCGCGGCAGAGUGGGGAUUGUAAAAAGGGGUCGCCGAGCUUAAAAGGUUGAGAACCGCUGCUAUUCCUGAUGUAGCCCAUGUAUUGUUGCCCCAAGGGAGGCAAUGAGCAUGUUUUGUUAAAUUAAAAAGAUAAUGUUAUUGUUAUUUUACUUGCUAUUUGUAUACUUAAUAAAAAUGCUAAGUUAUCUUC